AUGCAGAAGAGUAGAGAUAAGUGGUUAGUUGUUGGUGAUAAUAAAACUAGUUUCUUUCAUGCUUCGGUGAAGGCUAGUAGGCAGAGGAAUCAACUAACUAAGUUUAUCGAUGAGAAUGGAAGUGAGACGUCUGAGAUUCCACAGAUGGGGAAAAUUGCUACAGAUUAUUUCGAGUCUCUGUUUACUUCCACAGGUUCUAGGGAUCUAAGGGCUUUCUUUUCUGGUCUGCCAACCAAGGUAACAGAGACCAUGAAUCAAAGGCUUACAAGAGAGGUUAGUGAGGAGGAAAUAAAAAACGCGGUGUUUGGGAUUAAUGCUUCAAGUGCGCCUGGGAGUGAUGGUAUGAAUGGCUUAUUCUUCCAAGAAUAUUGGAAUGUGGUGGGUGAAGAAAUAUCGAAGGAAGUGAAAGCUUUUUUCCAGACUGGUGUCUUCCCGCUUGAAUGGAAUCUUACGCAGCCUCUGCUCGAGCAUAUAGUGUCACCUACUCAAUCUGCUUUUGUUCCUGAGAGAUUGAUAUCAGAUAACAUCUUGAUAUCGCAUGAAAUGGUUCAUGCCUUGCGUACACAUGAAAGGAUCUCAAAAGAGUACAUGGCGAUCAAAACGGACAUGUCGAAGGCAUAUGAUAGAAUUGAGUGGAAGUACUUGGAAGGUCUAAUGGAUGCUCUAGGUUUCUGUGAAAAAUUUCGGUUGAAUGAAGCAGAGCGUAUAGGAGAGAUCACUGGUAUUCAAUUUGUGGAGGGUGGUCCGGCUGUACACCAUCUUUUCUUUGCUGACGACUCUCUCUUGUUAUUGAAGGCUACUGAGGCAGAGUGUGCAGUGGUGUGUAAGAUUCUCAGUGAAUACGAAAAAGUUUCUGGUCAGAAGAUUAGCUUUGAGAAAUCGGCUAUUACCUUUGGAAAGAAUGUAGAGGAGAAACUAAAGAUGAGGAUUAAGCAACUGUCGGGGAUUGUGAAUGAAGGUGGAACUGGGAAGUAUCUAGGCUUGCCUGAGUGCUUCAGUGGAUCUAAGGUCGAAAUGCUUAGAUAUAUUCAUGAGAAGAUGACAGCGAGAUUUCACAAUUGGUAUGCUUUCUUCCUUUCUACUGGAGGCAAGGAAGUACUCGUAAAGUCAGUGGCAAUGGCCAUGCCGGUCUAUGCCAUGUCUGUUUUUAAGCUACCAAAAACUACUUGCCAAACUCUCACUAGUGCCAUGGCUAACUUCUGGUGGAAUGCUCAGGAUGGGAAGAAUAAGUUGCAUUGGGUAUCAUGGGAGAGAAUGUGUUUGGAUAAGAAGAACGGGGGCUUAGGUUUUAAGAAUCUUGAGAAAUGUAAUCAAGCUCUUUUGGCUAAACAAGGUUGGCGCCUACUGAUGGAUCCUGAUUCUUUAUGUGCCAGAGUUAUGAGAAUUCGAUACUAUCCUGAUGGAGAGUUCUUGGAGGCGAGGCUUGGCUCUAGGCCCUCUUAUGCGUGGAGAAGCAUUGUCUUCGGUAGGGAGCUGUUGGUGAAAGGUCUGAGACGCAAUGUUGGAUCAGGGGAGAGAAUAAAUGUGUGGUUGGAUAAGUGGCUUUUUGACUCUACUCCGAUUGCACCUCUGAGGAAACAAAUCAUCUUUGAUUUGGACCUUUGUGUGUGCGAUCUGAUUAACCCGCAGAUUAGGACGUGGGACAGAGGAAAACUAGAGGAGAUAUUCUUUCCAAGUGAUGUGGAGCAUGUUUUGAAGAUGAAGCCGGCUUUUGGCAAGUUGGACUCGUAUGAAUGGGUUCAUAAUAGGUGGGGAGCCUACUCGGUAAAGUCUGGUUACUGGCUAGCGUGCUCUCUAGACCAAUCUGAAGUGAGAAGAAAUGCUUUGUGUAAGCGCUCUCUUAAUGAUCUACGAUCCAAAGUAUGGGAGGUAAAGACUGCUCCGAAGAUCAAAGUAUUCAUGUGGAAGGCACUCUCUAAUGCGCUUGCGGUAUCAGAAGAGUUGAUGGAGUACGACGCGGAAACUACAGUGGUUAAGUGUAUGGAGGACUCGAAACAUUGGCUGGAGAUUACUAAUGCGGCAAAAGCAGAGGAGUUUGAGAUCAGUAGGAGACAGAGGAAUAAGAUGGGUUGGAAGGCUCUAGAAAGAGGUAGAUUUAAAUGUAAUAUUGGUAUCUCGUGGUCAAAGGCAUAUGGUCUAGUGGGAGCAGGUUGGAUAGUGAGAGACUGUGAAGGGAAGACUUUGAUUCACAGUAUGAGAGCCUUCAAUGGGGUGUCUUCGCUUUUGGAAGCCAAACGGCUCGCUUUGAUAUGGGCUACUGAGAGCAUGAUCUCUCAUAAAGUGGAGAGAGUGACUUUUGAGAUAGAAGCUUCAGAAUUGGUGGGAGUUAUAAAUAGGCCAAAGGCGUGGCCAGCUUAUAGGGCGCAUGGUGAGGAGUUGAGAGGACUGCUGAGUACUGUGAAGGAGUGGCAGGUGGCUCUGGUAACAAGAGAAGCUAACAAAGGAGCUUUUCUGAUUGCUCAGAGUGUUACAAAGUACUUGAAGCUGCAGUCAUAUGUGGCAGGGGGAGGUCCCUUAUGGCUUAAUGAGUUGCUUGUGAGUAAAUUUAUCGUGUCCUGA